AUGUCAGAAGAGAACCCGAGUACGGUCACAAAUCCGGUGAAAACUCACGUCAAGGAUCCAAAAAAAGUGGAGGCAGGACGCAGGCUUGCUAAGAUCAGUCAGGAGGCAAAAGCCAGGAAGCGCGCGCAACUUGAAGCAAUUAAAGAAGAGCAAAACGUUUUGGAUGUAGAGAAUAAAUGUGAAGGGUCGGCGAUUACCCUGGAGAGAGUUGGUAUGGUGGUAGGUAUUACUGUGGGACUUGGAUCCCUCUACGUCAUGUGAUGUAAUCGUCUGGAAAAGAGCGAAAAGCUGGAGGAAAACAAAUCCACAGAAAAACCGCAACCCGCACCAAAACCGCAGGGUGCUCCAGACCUGUUCGACUGAAAAAGAAAAUAAAGAAUAUAAUAAAACAAUGUUACAGUUAUUCUUGGACAUACUGACCUUUACCAUCUACAUCCGCAUGUGUGAACGGAGGAAAACUUCACUUGAGAAACACGACUUUGAAUGUAAGAAACACGAUUUCGAAUGCAGGAAGGGAGAGUCAGACACGGAAAGAAUAAAAAUUCCACGGACUAGGACAUGAAGUUUUUGUUAUAAUAGAACACAAUGACCGACAUAAAGAAGGAAGUGAUCAACGAACUGUACGAUGCCACACUACUGACGACCGGGGUCGUCGGAGUAUCCUACCUCGCUAGAAAGGUUGCUGGAAAAAGUCUCGGUGCACCGAUGACCUUGGAAGGAGCGGCGAAGUUGACUGUUGCCGUAGCCGGAAGCGCAUUUGCCAUGGGAUGUCUAAAAGAUAAGGGAUAUAUUCCCAAAAUGAUUCAUAAAUAAAAAAUGACAUCCGUUGUAGUUGGAGGAUUAUUUAAUGCCGUGGCCUUUGCCGGAGCCGGAUUUCUUUUCUCGAAAUUAAAUGGGCAAGGACACAAAGAAGAAGUGAAAAGACAUAACCAAGCAUUGGAAAAACUUGCGAAAGCAAAAGAAAAAUUUUAUGAAUCCGAAGUAAAGCGGAGGAACGAUGAAGCCCGACGUCGAGCCGAGACCCUGGAUGCCAACAAGGACAUUGAGGAAACAAACAGAGCGCUCGAAGAUUUAAGAAAUUUUACGAGACUUAUGGACGACUCAGCAUCCCGACAGAAACCAAAAUUGAAAGAUUAUUAUCAUCCGUCGGACGAAAUGAAAACGUAUGCGAUGAUGACGAUGGGUGUUUUGGGAGUUGGUAGUGCCUACGGACUGACACGGAUAUUUUAA